AUGAGUCGCUGCAAUGAGGACCUCUUUGGACCCGGAACAGCGGGUGAUUGUCGGUCCAACUUCGAUUUUACCUUGCUCUUUGAACAGAGUAUUCUUUCCUUGCUACCAUCGACUGUCUUGAUCUUGGUAACUCCAGGGCGACUUGCCCACCUUGUGCGGCAGGAUGUCAAAACAGCGCAUGGCAUUCGCAUCUACAGGAGAAUGCUUACCUUUGUAAUAUUUGCCGCUUUGCAGAUAGCAUUACUGGCCGAAUGGGCUUCCUCGGCCACACCCUACAGCCGGAUGUCCAUUCCAGCAGCUUCUCUCGCGGUCGUCGACGCUCUGAUCAUGAUGACUCUUUCGGUCUUCGAAUAUCGACGGUCAACUCCUACGAACUCUGUGGCUGCGGCCAUUCCCAGGCUGUUUCAAAGUGCCUUCACCUGGUGUCAGCCUUUUCUCAUCUUCCGCGUCAUCAGCUACGUCAGUAAUCAUGAAAAAGAGGAUCCCAACUACGGGUAUGGGCUAAUCGGAGCUACUGCUCUGAUUUAUGCGGGAGUCGCGUUCAGCAAUGCCAUAUACAAGCACAAGAAUUUUCGGAUGAUUACCAUGGUUCGCGGCGGCCUGAUAUCGCUCCUCUACGACAAGACUAUGAGAGUGGAUGUCGAGAACAUAACAGAUUCAGCGGCCAUCACGCUUAUGACGACAGAUAUAGAUGGCAUUGCAACCAAUUGGGUUAACGUGCAUGAGAUAUGGGCUUCCCCUCUUGAUGUAGGGAUUGGGAUCUUCCUGCUGGAGCGGAAGUUAGGCGUCGCCUGCAUAGCGCCUGUGGCGCUAGCUCUGAUCUCUACCUCAGGAAGCACCCAGAUCGCCAAAAUGAUGAGGAGACGGCAGGAUCGUUGGCUUGGUGCAGUGCAAAAGCGCGUCAGCCUUACAUCCUCUCUCUUGACCAAUAUGAGAGGUUUCAAACUGAUGGACAUGACCUCUUUGCUUGGCCAGACAAUCCGGGAGUUGCGGUCGACUGAGAUUGCUAAGGCGAAGGCCUAUCUGAGGAUUGAGUGCCUCAUGAACAUGUGCGCGAACAUGUCGGCGCUUCUCUCCCCAGUCAUAACGCUUUUGAUAUACGCUUUCGUGACGAUGAACCCUGGGUCUGAUCAGCUCACGAGCUCCUUGGUGUAUUACACACUCACCAUUGUUGCCUUAAUGUCAUCCCCCUUAGGUCUGGCGUUGAAUGCGGUGCCGACCUUUCUAGCUUCCUUGGCAUGCUUCUCGAUGAUUCAGAAGUAUUUAUUGUUAGAAGAGAAGCAAGACUACCGGGAUGUUAAACCCUGCCAUCAAGCCCAAGAUUGUGUUGUUUCUCGCACGGUGGAUUCGAUGUCUUCUCCUAACGGAGGAAUGGAACUUUCUGAGUGGACUGCAGACCAAGAGACGAAUAGCCCUUGGUUUUCGAUUGUAGAGGGCUCUUUCGGGUACCAUCAAGCCGGAAACGCCGUGCUGAAGGACGUCUGCUGGGACUGCUACCCUCGUUCCAUCACUAUGGUACUUGGAUCGGUGGGAUCAGGCAAGACAACACUUCUCAAGGCAGUAAUGGGCGAGGUCAAAUGCCUGAAAGGGUCGGUUAUUAUCUCAGAUUCAGCCAUAGCCUAUUGUGGUCAAGAUGUGUGGCUUCAAGACAUGUCCUUACGCGACAAUAUCCUCGGUGGACGUACCUUCGACGCUGGCUUUUACCACAAGGUGCUGCAUGCCACUUGCUUGGAUUCAGAAGUGGCAAAGCUUCAGUAUGGGGAUCAGACCCGGUUAGGAUCCAAAGCAGUCCGUCUUUCCGGUGGCCAGAGCCAGCGGGUCGCUGUUGCGCGGGCAAUCUACGCACGCGAGACAUUACUUCUCCUGGAUGACUCCUUCAGUGGCCUCGAUACCACAUCUCAGGCUUUGAUCCACGAACGCCUUCUCGGCCCGAGUGGGCUUUUGCGGGAGCUUGGAUGUACUGUCGUCUUGACCACUCACAACACGCGUUACGUGAACUACGCAGAUUCGGUUCUCAUCGUCGAGAAAAAUGGCUCCAUUCGGGUGGAGAAGCCUGAGAGGAGAGACGGGGCAGCACAGUUCAACAAACGUCGGAAAGCAGCACACAGCUCUUACCCGAGUACAUCCGAGCCCCUGGCGACUGACAUGGCGCGACAAAAGGGGGACUUUUCUAUCUAUAAGUAUUAUUUGAAGAGUGUCGGUACACGUAAUCUGCUUGUCUAUCUGCUGUUGAACUGUCUUUAUGUGUUUUGUACUCGUUUCGGGCAAGUCUGGGCAGGGUUCUGGGUGGAUGCGGCCGAGAAGGAUCCGAGUCGAAACAGUCAUAUUCAUGCCGCAUACGGCGGAUCCUACCUGGGGAUCAUGGUCAGUGCUAUGCUACUGUACGGGGCCGUUCUCUUCUUCAUGUUCCAGGUGAUCGUCCCGCGAUCGGCUCAGUGGCUUCACUCGGCACUUCUACAAACGGCGAUUGAGGCCCCCUACAGCUUCCAUGCAGCCACCGAUGUCGGAACCACCCUCAAUCGAUUCAGCCAGGAUAUCACCCUGGUUGACGUUGACCUUCCCUCCGCCGCAGUUGAGUUCUUUCUGGACUGUUUCACGUGCCUUGGCCAGGCGAUCCUUAUUUGCACCGGGGUGCGAUACAUCGCAGCAUUCUUGCCCGGGGUGAUUCUGGCGACCUACUUGAUCCAGAAGCUCUACCUGCGAACGUCUCGGCAGGUCCGCUAUCUCGACCUAGGAGCCAAAGCCCCCUUAUUCAGCCAGCUGUUGGAUACAUACAGCGGCCUUCUCACCAUCCGGGCGCAUGGAUGGGAGGAUCGCUUCCGAAAGGAGAAUAUCAGCUUACUUGACGAAUCCCAGCGUCCCUUCUACGCUCUGUACUGUAUUCAACGCUGGCUGACUUUCGUGCUGUCCCUCUUAGUCGUGGUAGUGGCAGUCGUCCUCGUGGCAUUUGGGACACAAAUCAAGGGUAUCACAUCUGGGAACGCUAUCGGCACCGCCCUGAUCAACGUCAUCAAUUUCGCCCAGACAUUGAGCCUACUCGUCACGGCGUAUACCACUCUCGAAACCUCACUCGGGGCCGUCGGACGAAUCAAGUCUUUCACGACAGACGUGAAACCGGAGGACGAUCCCGCGAGACACUUCGACGAUCCGCAGCUUCAUUCGCCUUCCCUAGGCUCCGGACGGAUCGACUUUAGAAACGUCACCGCGUCUUACAGACCCAUGUCAAGACUCGCUCUGGAUCAUAUCUCGUUCUCGGUGGAACCAGGUAUGAAAGUAGGCAUCUGCGGGCGAUCCGGCAGCGGGAAAUCCUCACUCCUCCUCGCCCUGCUUAAAAUGCUCCCCCUCGACCACGAACAAGGCACGAUCCUAAUCGACGGGGUCGACAUCAACACCCUCUCCUCCACGACAGUUCGCUCCCUCUGCAACACCAUCCCGCAGUCCCCAGUACUUCUCCCCGGCAGCAUCCGCAACAACCUAGAUCCGUCCUGCACGCACUCAGACACCGAACUCCGCGACGUCCUCCAAUCCCUAAACCUCUGGGAGACAGUAGCAGCGAAAGCAGGCGGACUAGACAGCGAUAUAGAUACCGCAUCGCUAAGUCAAGGCCAGAAGCAGCUACUGUGCGUGGGACGCAGCUAUCUGACGAACGGGGAUCGACGCAUUCUGCUUCUGGACGAGAGCUCGAGUAGCUUCGAUCCGGGCACGGAGGCGGUCAUGAUGCGCUUCCUGGCGGAGCGGUUCGGACCGCAGCAUACGGUUUUGGCGGUCACGCAUCGGCUGCACACGGCGGGUGCGUAUGAUCGCGUUGCGGUGUUGGAGGGUGGUCGGUUGGUGGAAUGGGGGGAUCCGCGGGUGCUGAGAGAGUGUCAGGGAGGUUGGUUUUUCUCUCGGUGGGAAUAG